AAGGAAAACUCAAAGAAGGUGAACGCUCAAAAUUAUGGAAAAAAAUAUUUCGGAAAAUUACCAACUAUAUAAAUAAUAAUAAAACGCGAUUAAUCGGUAUGAGCCCUGACAAUGCUAUGACGUUGCGAGAAGUGAUUCCCAAAGUAACUAUCAAACCUAAAAGACCUAUUGGUAAAGAUGAACUGCGAUUACAAAAAGGAACGACUGUAAGAUAUUUAUUAAAACCGGGUGAGUUGGAAGGAGGACACGUUCAUAGGAAAACUGAUCCAUACUUUUCGUUGCGUGUUUAUCGUAUUAAAAAG